AUGCUGCUGCAGCAGGCCUCGUCGUCGCCUGGUCCCAGCGGCACGGCCAGUCCCAAGCUCGCCCCCAGCCCGAAACCUAACCCAAGUCCUAGUUUCAACACUAGAUUUACUGGCAGUCCUAGUUUAAGCGAUGGAGCAUCUAGUUCUAACAGCCCAAAAUUUGGGGCUAACAGUCCUAAAUUUGGCGCCAGCCCGAAGUUCGGGAGUCCGAGACUGGGCAAUGGGAGUCCUAAGUUUGGGAGAGGGACGGCAGAGGAUGAAGUCGCUUUAGAAAGGAUCCAGGCGGAGUUAAAGGAGGGGUGGACAGUUCACACCGGGAGGGAUGGCAGAUUAUAUUAUUGCAAGUGA